GAUCAAGAUGGGAAGCCUCCUAUCAUGUGAAGUGUGCUGCUAUCAAUGAUUAUUAAAAACUACGGGUAUGCAAGCUCAAGUGCACGUGAACAAUCAAACAAAUUUAAGGAGUUAAAGGUCAUUAUUUUGAUCAACUCCAGCCAGUCCCCAGUGUUUCCACAGUCCUGGAAUUGUAACUACAAAACACACUGAUCAAUAAAAUAGUGCACAAAACCCAUCAGAAAACACAGACAAUUUUCAGAAAAUACAAGUUGAGUUCUUGCUAGUAGAAUCCAGAGGAAGCCAAAAACAAAGUACAGAAAUUUGAGUUUCUUCAAUGAAGAAACAAGGUUGUGAGAUUGAAGCAAUAGGCAUCAACUACACAAUCUACACACACACACAACAAAUCCCUCCCACAGAAAAACAGCAAAAGAACCCCAAAGCUGUUCAAGAACAAGAAUUACAAGAAGUUCCCCGAAAGGCAGCUGCCGGAAAAUCCAGGCGGCCACGAGCCCGGCAGGUGCUCAAAGAUGUAAACCUGACGGCGAAGCCAUGGGAAAUACUUGCUAUUGUUGGGCCGAGUGGUGCAGGCAAAUCCUCAUUGCUUGAAAUCCUGGCAGGGAAACUCACCCCGCAAUCUGCAUCCAUUUAUGUCAAUCACAAGCCACUUGACAAAGCUGGGUUCAAGAAGUUGUCAGGGUAUGUCACCCAGAAAGAUACACUGUUCCCGCUCCUCACUGUUGAAGAAACAUUGAGGUUUAGUGCUAGGCUAAGGUUAAGUCUUCAGGAGCCGGAAUUGAGCUCCAGGGUCAAGUCCCUGAUGCAAGAACUCGGCCUGAGCCAUGUAGCAGGAGCCCGUGUGGGGGACGACAGGGUCCGGGGGAUUUCAGGGGGGGAGAGACGGCGUGUCUCGAUUGGUGUGGAGGUGAUUCAUGAGCCAAAAGUGUUGAUUCUUGAUGAGCCAACAUCAGGGCUCGACAGCACUUCAGCGCUUCAGAUAAUUGACAUGCUCAAUUCCAUGGCUGAAACCAGGGGCAGGACCAUAAUCCUGAGCAUUCACCAGCCUGGAUUCAGGAUUGUGAAGCUGUUUAAUUCUAUUCUCCUGCUGGCUAACGGCUCCGUCCUGCAUCAUGGCUCGGUGGACUUGCUUUCUGUCAACUUGAUGAUGAUGGGAUUGGAGCUCCCACUUCAUGUCAACGUUGUAGAAUUUGCUAUUGAGUCGAUUGAGACGAUACAGCAGCAUCAGGUGCCGUUGCAACAAGAAACACUUUCAGCAAACAAGAGGGUUCUUGAAGAAGGCCUGAGCACAACAGGCAGGUUUACUCUGCAACAGCUCUUUCAGCAAUCCAAGGUGAUAGAUGAGGAAUCUAUUGAUGUCAGGAUCGAUCUUCAUCGUGGUUUUCCCAAUUCAAGAUUACAGGAAACCAUGAUUCUGACUCACCGGUUCUGGAAGAACAUAUAUCGAACGAAGGAGCUUUUUGCAUGCAGGACCAUCUCAAUGCUGGUAUCUGGAAUUGUUCUGGGCUCAAUCUUUUACAAUCUCAGAGAUAAUUUAGUAGGUGCAGAGGAAAGAGUUGGGCUAUUUGCAUUCAUCUUGACAUUUUUACUGUCGAGCACCACAGAAGCCCUGCCGAUUUUCUUGCAAGAAAGGGAGAUACUAAUGAAAGAAACCUCAAGUGGAAGCUAUAGAGUAUCAUCAUACGCCAUAGCGAACGGACUUGUUUACUUGCCAUUUUUGCUCAUUUUAGCAGUCUUAUUCUCUCUGCCUGUAUAUUGGUUGGUGGGAUUAAACCGAAGUUUCAUGGCGUUUACGCAUUUCUUGCUGCUGAUUUGGUUGAUUCUCUACACAGCAAACUCAGUGGUGGUGUGUUUCAGUGCAUUAGUCCCAAAUUUCAUCGUUGGGAACUCGGUGAUCUCUGCCGUUAUGGGGUCGUUCUUCUUGUUUUCGGGCUACUUCAUAUCGAAGCAUGGGAUACCAAAGUAUUGGAUCUUCGUGCACUACAUAUCGUUGUUUAAGUAUCCGUUUGAGGGGUUCUUGAUCAAUGAGUUCUCCAAUUCAAGCAAGUGUUUGGAUUUCAUGUUUGGCACAUGUAUAGUGACUGGUGAAGAUGUGCUGAGAGAAGAAGGGUAUGGAGACCAGCAGAGUAGAUGGAGGAAUUAUGUAAUAAUGGUUUGCUUCAUCUUGGUUUACAGGUUUAUUUCCUAUCUCAUUCUCAGGUACAAAUGCUCUGAAUCAGGGAUCAAAAGGAUCUUCAUCUGAACCUCAUUCUAGGUUCUCUCUUUGCCAAAAUGUGUCAUAAAAGCUAUCCAUUUCUAUUCUUUACUUCAUUUUUUUUCAUCUUUAGUCUUUUUUCGCCUCAACGGUGUUGUGAACAGUGUAAUUCAUGGAUUUUAUGUUCUUAAUGUUACAUUACAUAAAGAUUGAAAGAAACUUUGAUCAGCAGUAGAAACUCGAUAUGCACCUCGGGGUUCUCACCCAAAGUUCAAGCUGACGGGAUUUUCUGUUUCAAAUUUUAUUACAUUUUUUAUUCUAUGUAACAUAUACAUAACAUUUUUGGUCCACCGACCUAAUUUUUGAUGGAAGCUUUGUCCC